AUGCCCCGCUGCUCGCCGUGGAGGAAGCGAUUGGGGAACCAACCCACCAUGAACCGAAAGUGCACGCGCAGGCAAAGCGCCGCCGUGCUUGGCGCCGCCGUUCGGCCCCGCUCAGGCGGCCAGGGCGGCGCAGCCGGGCAAAGGCCCCGGAAGAGGCGGAGGAGAGUGCCCAUCCUGAGCAUCAGCCGACAGAGGCAGCAUUUGUGGCAGAGGCUUAUGGCUACGGGUUCUAUCGGCCAUGUUGGGAUUGGCCUUUAUCACGACUCGAGAAGAAGCUGCGACUGUUGGAGCUAG